AUGUAAAAACAAUAAUUUUUCCAAAUAUUCUAGUAUGAAUAUUUUACAGAAUUUUCAAAUAUGCCUUUUUUUACUCUUUGAUUGAAUUUUCAGUUACUAUCUGGAUAAACCACCGCCGCCUAUCACUACUUCUUUAAAAAAUGGAACAGGUUCCACGAUCCUCACAGUACCAUCAACCUCCUCCCCCGAAGUAUUUUUACGUGCUAAUGGUGGAAUUCAAGAGCAACGAAAGGAUCUCGAAAAUCAUAGAAAUGGAGGUGUAAUUGUGGAAAAGAUUUCGGAAACUGUUGAAAUUAGAAAAGAAGAGAAGAUAGAACACCCUCAUGGUGUAACUUCUCUUAAACGACAGAAUAGGCCGUGCAAAAUCAAGCUCACUCCUGAUGUAGCUGUAGCUGCACAAGCGGAAGCGGUUCAAACGCCGUGCAAAAUCAAACUCACUCCUGAUGUAGCCGUAGCUGCACAGGCGGAAGCGGUUCAAACAGAGCAUACAGUGGCAAAAUUCCUGGAAGAUUUGCACAAAAUAAGACAAGGAAAUGAUUCUGUGCUUUAUGAAGAGUUUCAGGGUUACAAAAAUGCUGGACAAUUCAUCGCUACGCAAGGACCAGUUGGUCCAGAGGAAAUCGCUGAUGGAAGGAAAGAAAGCACAGUGGAUGAUUUCUGGAGAAUGAUCUGGGAGAAGAACGUGCAGUGCGUCUUAAUGCUUACUGAUUGUGUUGAGAAUAUGAGGGUAAGCUCUUACCAAAGUUCUCUCUGA